ACCAACACAGGUCCUCACAGAGCCAUCAAACGUGUUGAACUCAAAAUUAACCAAAAUCCAUUACAUCUUUGGCUCAUCUUCCCCAUUCUACCUCCGGCAAAUUACUGAAACCCAAAAUAGAAGAGGGAGUUCAAUUUUAUGGAGGAGAUAAGAUCGUCGGAGUCGCCCCCGGAAACUCACAGCCCCGGCACUGGAGCAGCUAACCCAGCUGUGGGAAGUUCAAAGAAAGGAGAAACUUCGAUGGCGUCACGGAUGAAGAAAGACUGCUUGGCAUUCUUGGUUUCGGUGCAGGAGGGUUUUGAGUACGUGAAGGCCUUCUUUGUUGGUCAGGCUAAGAAGAUGACAGCAAAGAGCGAGGAGGAAGCAGCACGAGCUGACUUACAAGCUUCUAAGAUGCAGGCUGAAGCUGCUGAUGCUGCUGAGGAUGUAAAGACCAGACUCUCCAAGUCUGCUUGAAUUUUUUCUUGUUAUUAUGCGUGUAGCUUAUUUUCUUCCACUUUAAAAACAAACAAACAAAAAAAUGGUUUUGGGGCUUUUAUUUUGUUUUACUUAUUUAUUUAUUUAUUUUUCAUUUUA